UUGAAAAUGCGUGUGAUCUGGAUAAUGAGCCAAGCUUCCCGAGCAGGGACUCCAAUGUGCCUGAGCCUUGCUCGAUACCUCUCCAACACAGCCCCAAAAGCCUCCUACAAAUAUGUAAAUGUAAGGGAGGAGCCCACAGACAUGAAAUCUAUCACGGACAAGGCUGCACAGACCCUACUGUGGACAGAGCUCAUACGAGGCUUGGCUAUGACUUUGAGUUACCUGUUUAGGGAACCUGCCACUAUCAACUAUCCCUUUGAGAAGGGUCCCCUGAGCCCACGCUUCCGUGGAGAGCAUGCCCUACGCCGAUAUCCAUCCGGAGAAGAGAGGUGCAUUGCUUGCAAGCUCUGUGAGGCUAUCUGCCCAGCCCAGGCAAUCACUAUUGAGGCAGAGACCCGUGCAGAUGGCAGCCGGAGGACGACUCGCUAUGACAUUGACAUGACUAAAUGCAUCUAUUGCGGAUUCUGUCAGGAAGCAUGCCCAGUCGAUGCCAUUGUGGAGGGCCCCAACUUUGAGUUCUCCACUGAGACACAUGAAGAGCUCCUGUACAACAAAGAGAAACUGCUGAACAACGGUGACAAGUGGGAAGCUGAGAUUGCUGCUAACAUACAGGCUGACUACUUGUACCGAUGAUGGACCACUUGUCUUAACCCUUGCACAUCCUAACCAGCCAGUCCAGUAGAAGCCAAACCUGCAAUAAACAGCAUGCACCCAUUGUUUAUUUCCCUGUGUCUUGAGGUGGGGGAAGGUUGAGGAGAAGUUAUAUGCAAACUGUUGGAGACUGUGUGGGACACAGUCCUUUCUUG